GAUAUGCAAAUUAGCCUGCACUAACUCCAUCCAGCUGCACAGCACUGGGUCAGAAGCUGCAUCAAGUUGCUUGCUGAGUUUCUGGCAAGGGAUCAGGGCCCUCCGACAGAAUGGCAUGGAACGCAACUUGCAAUAACUGGAUGACUGCGAAGGCUGCCCUGGAAAAGUACUACCUUUCCGUUUUUUAUUCGAUCGAGUUUGUUGUGGGGAUGCUUGGAAACACUGCUGUGGUUUUCGCCUACCUCUUCUGCCUGAAGAACUGGAAAAGCAGCAACAUCUAUCUCUUUAACCUCUCUAUCUCUGACCUGGUUUUUUUGUGCACCCUUCCAAUGCUGAUAAGAAGUUACGCCAGUGAAGAAUGGGUCUAUGGGAACAUACUCUGCAAAAGUAACCGAUACAUGCUGCAUGCCAACCUCUACACCAGCAUUCUUUUCCUCGCUUUCAUCAGCAUCGAUCGAUACCUGAUGAUGAAGCAUCCUUUCAGGCAACACCUUAUGCAAAAGAAGGGGUUUGCCAUUUCAAUCUCCUUAGCCAUUUGGGUUUUGGUAACCUUAGAGCUACUGCCCAUGUUUGUCUUUAUAAGUCCUUCUGAAACUGCCAAUAGCACCACAUGUGAAGAUUAUGCAAGUUCCGGGGACCCCCGAUACAGCCUCAUCUUCAGCUUGUGUCUGACAUUCACGGGGUUCCUCAUUCCUCUUUCUGUGAUGUGUUUCUUUUAUUUCAAGAUUGCUCUCUUCCUGAAGCACAGGAGCAGGCAGCUUGCGACCACACUGCCCCUUGAAAGGCCUCUCCGCUUAGUUGUCAUGGCGGUGAUCAUCUUCUCGGUGCUUUUCACUCCCUACCACAUCAUGAGGAACGUGAGGAUUGCCUCGCGGCUGGAAAGCUGGCAUUGCUCCGAGUGCACUAAGGACAUCAUCAGUACCUUAUACAUUGUCACCCGCCCUUUGGCCUUCCUGAACAGUGCCAUCAACCCUGUCUUCUAUUUCCUCAUGGGAGAUCACUUCAGGGAGAUGUUGAUAACUACACUGAGACACCAAUUCAAGUUCCUGACAACCUUUAGAAGAUGAACUCCUGGACUGAUGUUUUCAUUCAGACAAAAGUUGCUGCUUGUGGAACAGAUUGCUUUACACGUGCAUCUGUAAGCCAGUUUGAGUCUGAUUGAACUCAUAAACAGAUCAGAGAGGACCAAGAAUUUGUCCCUGAUUUGAAGAUAUACAUCCAGAAUAUGUGAAAAGAAGGGGAUGAGAAGAAUUUAUCCCUUUUUUCACCUAAGAUUGGAAGGAGUCGGACUAGCAAUGUCUAAUAUUCAGGCAUGGAAGUCCAAAAUCCUAGGCCUUAUAAGACCUUCUCAGCUAAUAUAAAAGGAGAAGAAGAUAGAAAAAUCAGCAAGUUGCUUGCAUUUAAUCAUUGAUCAGUUUGUAAAAAAAAAAAAAACAAAGAAAAAGUGUUGUCAAUAU